AUGAAGAGAAACUUAUUAUUUUUUAUUUAUUAUCAUGCUGCAAUUUUUAUGGUAUUUUGGAAAUUUGGAAAUGGAAAAGGCGGAAAUGAAAAAAAAAAAAAUGUAAAAGAUCUUAUAAGAAGAUAUGAAAGUAUUAAUAAUUCAAACGAUUUAAACAAUUCCUCUUCUAGUUCAAGCGAUUUAACCGAUACAAAUUAUGAAGAUAGAGAUAAUGCACCAAAUAGAAGACAAAAUGUUGCAUUUGAUGAUCAGCAACCAAGUACAUCAUACGCAAAUAGAAACAAUGGUAACCAAUAUGGUCGUAUGAAUAUGAAAGGAAAUGCAAACAAUGAUGGUAACAAUAUGAUAAAUGAUGAAGAUUAUGAUGACGACGACGAUAGUGACAGUGAAGAAUUUAAUUAUCAAGAACCUUCUAACAAUUAUAGAGGAAACAAUAAUUAUAUGCAUAAUUCGAAUUCCCAAACUCCAAUGUAUGCCAAUAAAUCCUAUUUAUAUAGUAGUAAUUUUCGAGAUCCAAAUGAAAAUCAACCAAGUGAAAAUUAUGAUGAUCAAUACUCCCCCCAAAAUAACCCUCCUUAUUUAGGUAGAUCUUUCGAUAAUUUUAGGAACAGAUUAGGACUUAAUACAGAAGAUUUUUCAAGGGGAACAGAAACUUAUUCCAAUACAACCAAUAAACGCAACACUGGUUUAAAUAAUGAUUCAGAUUCCUUUAUAACCGAUGAUAUUCAAUAUACGAAAUAUGAAAGUUCAGAAAACCCUAUUAAUUCAUCUAGGCAAAGACAUGAUAGUGGAAUGAGACAAUCACCAAACAAUGAAUAUAAUGAUAGAAAUAAUAAUAGUAAUAAUAGAAAUUCAAAUAUGUAUAUUAAUACUGACGAAGAUGAUGAUAGUUAUUCCAAUCCCUAUGGAUAUAAUAAUCAGAACCAAGGUCCCAAUGCAUCACAGGUAAUGAGGUAUAGAUUAAAUAGCGACGAUGAUAGCAUUGAUCAGCAAUCUAUUUAUUCUAAUCCUAUAGACGACAUAAGCACAAGUGAUAAUUAUAGCUUAAACUUUGGGGGAAAAAAAAAGUCGAGAAGCAUACAACAUAUAGAAAAUGAUAACUCUAGUAUAUUAAAUAGCCAAAGAAAUUAUGAAGAUAUUGAUAACAACAGUAGUAGAAAUGGUGAUAAUAGAAGUAAAAUUCAAAAUAAGCCAUCCAUAAGAAUUUUUGAUCGUGGAAAUAAAGGUGAUGCACAAAAUAAAAGUAAAAGACUAUCCUAUUCUAAUAGUAAUCCUAUUUUGAAUAAAAAUUAUGAACCAAGACAACCAAUAACACGUAAUUCUACAUCCAAUAAAAUAUUAGCAUCUUAUAUAGAUAUAUAUACAGCACAACAAAGAAACAUAUUUUAUAAUAAAAAUACAAGAGUGGAAAAAAGUCCUAUUAAAAAAUUUUUUAAAAUGAACAAUAGCAAUGAUAAAAUAAUAUCGGUAACAGAAGAGUUAUUAAAUAGUUCUAAACAAUGUAUAGUAAAUAAUAUUAAUAAAUUAACGAACGAUGUAUUACUAAAAAAUUUAGCUUUAAAUAAUACAAAUAUGAUAAAAAAUUAUGAACAAGCUGUUUCGUAUAUUGUAUUCCAUUCAAAAAUUAAGAAUAAGGAAUCACAUUUAGAUAUAAAAUCGGUACCAUAUAAAUAUUCUGAGCUACAUGUAGAAAAUUCCUCAACCAUAUUACCUAACAUGUACAUUUUAAAUACAUAUGAAUUUAUGUUAUCAAAUCAAAGAAUAUGUGGUAGAUUUAGAACAAUAAUAAAAAAUAAAAAAAGAGACAACAAUUUAAAACCAGUAGAUUUAGUUUUAAUGUUAUCACUUGAUUAUAUUAAAAACAUGAACCCUACACUUGUUUCUAAUCUUAUAAAAUUUAUCAAAACUAAGCAAAGUAUAUAUAUGAAAAAAUAUUAUUUUAACACUAUGGUGGCAUUAAUCCCAUUUAUUAAACCGGCUCUAAAAAUAUAUUAUGGUGAAAGUAUUUAUAAAGAUUUAACAACAUAUAAAAUGCAGUCAGAAAUAAAAAAUAUAUUUGACGAAUUAUUACUUAUAUCAAUAAAAUGGGCACAAGCUUUUAAAGACAAAUAUUCUGCAAAUGACAACAAAAUUAUUUUAGAUAUGCAUCAAACGAUUUCUAAAUUUUCAACAAGUAAAACUAGAACAUUAAGUAAGACUUUUGUAUCUUUAGAAAAUAUCUUAUAUAAAGAAUUAAUAACUAAUGACAUAGUUGACAAUAAGGAUGACAACCAAAAGGUUUUAAUAAGUUAUAUUGUGAAAUGCUUUAGGAACAUAUAUUAUUCCGCUUUCUAUUUAAUGGGUAAUAAAAGAACCUAUUAG